AUGAGAUUCCGGGAUUUGCUGCUCCUGGGCGGCGCGCUGCUCGCGGCGCCCUCGACAGCCGAGGAUGACGCUUCGAUCCUCAAUACUGAGCUCGCGAGGGCGGGGAAUCAGAGUCUGCUAUGGGGCCCCUAUAGACCGAAUCUGUAUUUUGGGGUGAGACCGAGGCUGCCGAAUAGCUUCAUGGGGGGAUUGAUGUGGGCGAAGGUGGAUAAUUAUCUGGAUGUGCAGCAUAACUUUAGAUAUACCUGCGAACAAUCCGAUGAUAUGCGGGGCUAUGGCUGGGACGAAUUCGAUGCCAGGUUAGGUGGUGUGCAGACCAUUCAUGAUGAGGGUAACAAGAUUGAUAUCGAGACCACGUUUGUGAAGAUCCCUGGAGGACAACACGGCGGUUCUUGGGCCACACGAGUUCGAGGGACGGUGCGAGAAGGCGGUCCCUCUGAUCUGAAGACCACCGUCGUUUUCUACGCAUCACUCGAAGGGCUGGGCACCCUGGAAGUUGAGAAUGAGGAGGACCCCUUGGGCUUUGACGGCGACGUUAGCCUCAAGGGCGAGUCGGCGGGUCUGGGCGAAUAUAAAUUGGUCGUUACGAAAGGCCAAGGCUCUCAUCCUACGAGCCUGCAUCCCUCGUACGCCGAUAAACCGUUGGAUCGCACAAUUGUACAUUCCUUCGCUGUCCCACCGGAGGCUCUGUGGCAAGUGAAGCCCCUGCUCUUCAGCAACUUGAAGCAGCAGAUUGAUGAGUAUCUUGAGAGGUACGGGGAUGCAAACCCUCCGCCCCCGUGGCAGGUCUAUACCAUGACCAAUGAUCAGGGAGAGGGAAAUCUACAUAUGAUCCAGAAAGUGUUUGAAGGCAACUUUGAAUUCGACAUCAUCUUCUCGAGUGGCUCUGCUGGGAAGGAAUACUCCAGCUCGGAUGUCUCGAAGCAAAUUGGUGCUGUCCAGUCAGAAUACUGGAGUAAGUUCGUGCCCAUCUUUGACCCUAAACCGCCGUUCAAUCUUGAGGCGCUGCAGAAAUUUGGUAGCAGUAUGUUUUCCAACCUUCUUGGUGGGCUGGGUUACUUCUAUGGUGACGAGGUUGUUGAUCGAUCAUACGCGCCAGAGUAUGAGGAGGAAAACGAAGGUUUCUGGGAGGAAACUGCUGCGGCCAGAGGGCGGAGGCAAGAGAAGCUCGAGGGCCCAUAUGAGCUUUUCACUACCGUCCCGUCAAGGCCCUUCUUCCCGAGAGGUUUCCUCUGGGACGAAGGAUUCCAUCUCAUGCCAAUCAUUGACUUUGAUUUGGAUCUCGCUCUUGAGGUUGUCAAGAGCUGGUUCAAUCUUAUGGAUGAAGAUGGCUGGAUUGGUCGUGAACAGAUUCUUGGUCCGGAAGCCCGUAGUAAGGUACCUCCGGAAUUCCAGACGCAGUACCCGCACUACGCCAACCCCCCAACUCUCUUCUUCAUCCUCGAUAUCUUCCUCCACAAACUCGGGCUCGCCAACAGCACUGCACCUGCGGAGGUUGUAACUUCACGGGAACCAUCUUUAGAUAACAAGAUUCCUGCUCAUCUAGCAAGCCCGGAACUCGGUGUCUACUAUCUGGAGCAACUGUACCCAAAACUCAAGAAGCACUUCUACUGGUUCCGCAAGACACAAUCCGGGGAUCUAACGUCAUACGAUAGAGAUGCAUUCAGCAGCAAAGAAGGCUACCGCUGGCGUGGCCGCACACCCCAACACAUUCUCACGUCCGGGCUUGACGAUUACCCUCGCCCCCAACCUCCUCACCCGGGAGAGCUGCAUGUUGAUCUUAUCUCCUGGAUGGGGAUGAUGACAAAGACACUGAAGAAGAUAGCCACAGUCCUCAAGCACCCUGAGGACGUGGCCGAGUUCCAAACCAUCGAAACGGCCAUCUUGCGUAACAUUGACGAUCUGCACUGGAGCGAGAAAGAGAAGUGCUAUUGCGAUGCCACGAUCGAUGACUUCGAGGAGAACUCAUUGGUUUGUCAUAAAGGAUAUAUCUCGCUCUUCCCGUUCUUGGUAGGAUUGCUGGAUCCUGAGAGCGAGAAGCUUGGUCAUCUCCUUAACUUACUGGGCGAUGAGGAGGAGUUGUGGAGCGAUUUUGGGAUAAGAAGUUUGAGUAAGAAGGAUGAAUUCUACGGGACGGGAGAGAAUUACUGGAGAGGGCCCAUUUGGAUGAACAUGAAUUAUCUCGCUGUUGUCCAGCUGCUGAAAUACGCGCAAACCCCUGGCCCUUACCAAGAAAAGUCCCAAGACCUCUACAACCGCCUGAGACUAAACCUAGUCCGGACAGUCUAUAACGCGUGGAAAGAGACGGGCUUUGCCUGGGAGCAGUUUAACCCAGAAACAGGCAAGGGUCAGCGAACGCAGCAUUUCACAGGUUGGACGUCCCUGGUGGUGAAGAUUAUGGGGAUGCCCGAUCUGAGUGGUGGGAAAUUAAAGACGGGUGGCGCGGGCCAUGAUGAGCUCUAG